GUGAUUCCUUGUGGGGAUUUGGCGCUGCACAUCCUCCGCACACCUGGUCACACGCCAGGUUCGAUCUGUGUGUUUGCUGCGCCACGUGGGCUGUCACCGCGCUCAGCGAUUGGCAACUCUGGUCUCGAUGAAGCACGCAGCAAGGCUGAGGCUGGCCUGCUGAUCACCGGGGACACGCUCUUUGUCGGAAGCUGUGGGCGCACAGAUCUGCCAGGAUCUGACCCUCGCGAGAUGAUGAGCUCUCUGGCAAGGCUGAGCACGAUGGAUCCUGCGGUGGUGGUUUGUCCAGGUCAUAACUACGCUGCGGAGCCAUUCACUACCAUCGGUGCCGAAAGGGCUCAGAAUGAGAUGGUCAAAAUGGGCCUGUCGCACUUUCCAAGUCCGCUGCCUGUUCCUCCAUGCGCAAUGUGUGGGGAAGGUGGCCAGAGCUGUGGCCCGAAGAGCUUUCGGAAAGGUCGAAGGGUUCGCAUCAUGAACCUCACAUCCGAAGCUGGCCAGGCGCUGAACGGGCGAGACUGCGUCGUGGAAAGCUAUAUGGACGACAAAGAUCGGUAUGCGGUGAGGCCAGUUCUUGCGAGAGAGGCAUGA